UGGUAAAAACACCCAUUGAAAAAUUCAGGAGGGAGGAGAGGGCUAAACUGACUUUCGUUCCAAUGUGAGGGAUGGUCUCCCAGGGUGAUGCCAAUCGCUCCUACUCGGACGAGGACCAGAGCUCAUCCAACAUGGAGGAGUUUGACAAGCUCCAGGAGGGCCUGGACUGCAGUGGAGAUCCCAAGCUCUGCCCAAUCCCCAUGACCCCCAAUGGGCACCUGGACCCCAAUCUCCCACUGGGUGGACAUCUGGGCCCCACUGGGGCUGCAGCAUCUGCCCCCCGCCUCUCACUGCAGCCAGACCCCGUGCUAAUGGCCCUGGGCUCCCGCAAGAGCAGUGUCAUGUCACUGGGGAGGGUGAGCUACGACCAGCGCUCCCUGUCCAGCUCUCGGAGCUCCUACUACGGGCCGUGGGGCCGCAGCGGGGCCUGGGCCAGCCGUCGCUCCAGCUGGAACAGCCUCAAGCACAAGCAACCAUCGGCGGAGCAUGAGUCCCUGCUCUCCUCUGAGCGUGGCGGCGCCCGGGGCUGCGAGGGCACCCGGGACGAGGGCCCACUACGGACCGCGCCCCUGCACGCUCCGCAUGCCCACCACGCGCAUCAUGGUCCCCACCCGGCACAUCGUCACCGCCACCACCGCCGAACGCUGUCCCUCGACACCAGAGAUUCAGUGGACCUGGCCGAGCUGGUGCCCGCCGUGGGCACCCACUCCCGGGCGGCCUGGAGGGUGGCGGGCCCGGCCCCCGGGCACGAGGACUGCAAUGGCAGGAUGCCUAGCAUCGCCAAGGACGUCUUCACCAAGAUGGAUGACCGCCGGGAUCGCGGGGAGGACGAGGAGGAGAUCGACUACACUCUGUGCUUCCGAGUCCGCAAGAUGAUUGACGUCUACAAGCCUGACUGGUGUGAAGUCCGUGAGGACUGGUCCGUCUACCUCUUCUCCCCCGAGAACAGGUUCCGGGUCCUGUGUCAGACCAUCAUUGCCCAUAAGCUCUUUGACUAUGUCGUCCUGGCCUUCAUCUUCCUCAACUGCAUCACCAUCGCCCUGGAGCGGCCCCAGAUUGAGGCCGGCAGCACCGAACGCAUCUUCCUCACUGUGUCCAACUACAUCUUCACAGCUAUCUUCGUGGGCGAGAUGACACUGAAGGUGGUCUCGCUGGGCCUGUACUUCGGGGAGCAGGCGUACCUGCGCAGCAGCUGGAACGUACUGGACGGCUUCCUCGUCUUCGUGUCAAUCAUUGACAUUGUGGUGUCCGUGGCCUCGGCUGGGGGAGCCAAGAUCCUGGGCGUCCUCCGGGUCCUGCGGCUCCUGCGCACCCUACGACCCCUGCGUGUCAUCAGCCGGGCACCUGGCCUGAAGCUGGUGGUGGAGACGCUCAUCUCCUCCCUAAAGCCCAUCGGCAACAUCGUCCUCAUCUGCUGCGCCUUCUUCAUCAUCUUCGGCAUCCUGGGGGUGCAGCUCUUCAAGGGCAAGUUCUACCACUGUCUGGGUGUAGACACCCGCAACAUCACCAACCGCUCCGACUGCGUGGCUGCCAACUACCGCUGGGUCCAUCAGAAGUACAACUUCGACAAUCUGGGCCAGGCCCUCAUGUCCCUCUUCGUGCUGGCCUCCAAGGAUGGCUGGGUGAACAUUAUGUACAAUGGACUGGAUGCCGUCGCAGUGGACCAGCAGCCCGUGCCCAACCACAACCCCUGGAUGCUGCUCUACUUCAUCUCCUUCCUGCUCAUCGUCAGCUUCUUCGUGCUCAACAUGUUCGUGGGCGUCGUGGUGGAGAACUUCCACAAGUGCCGGCAGCACCAGGAGGCCGAGGAGGCACGGCGGCGCGAGGAGAAGCGGCUGCGGCGGCUGGAAAAGAAGCGCCGGAAGGCCCAGCGGCUGCCCUACUACGCUACCUACUGUCCCACGAGGCUGCUCAUCCACUCCAUGUGCACCAGCCACUACCUGGACAUCUUCAUCACCUUCAUCAUCUGCCUCAAUGUGGUCACCAUGUCCCUGGAGCACUACAACCAGCCCACGUCUCUGGAGACAGCCCUCAAGUACUGCAACUACAUGUUCACCACUGUCUUUGUGCUGGAGGCUGUGCUGAAGCUGGUGGCAUUUGGUCUGAGACGCUUCUUCAAGGACCGGUGGAACCAACUGGACCUGGCCAUCGUGCUGCUGUCGGUCAUGGGCAUCACGCUGGAGGAGAUUGAGAUCAACGCGGCGCUGCCCAUCAACCCCACUAUCAUCCGAAUUAUGCGGGUCCUGCGCAUCGCCCGGGGUGAGGGUCAGGUGGGGCAGGAUGGGCCGCCUGCUGAGCGGGUGGAAUAGGAGCCCGUCCCUGACACACACUCGACGUCCCCAUGCUGUGUGCCCACACUUGCCCUCGUCCUGGCAGCUCUGUACUGCAGCUGGACAUGCCCCCUCCAUAUAACACCCUGCCCAGUGUGGUCCAGUCUCAGGUGGGGUUGAAAGGACCCCAGUGCAGCCAAGAAGACACUGGGUCCUCACCAGCCUUUCUCCAGCUCUGUCUGGGACACCCUGUCCUUGAAACCCUCUUUCUUCUCCCAGAAGCCUCCCUUUCGCCCCAAGGCUGUCCUCAUACGUGUUUCAAAACA